CGGAACUCGCAGCUGUGUUGUGUGGUGCGAUUUUUGGCGGGAAAGUGUGAACAGUGCUGGAAAGCAGAAACCCUUUUUUGGCGCAUGGACGAAUUGGUGUGACCCUUUGAGGCUGAUUGAACGGACUUGUGAUUAAGACAUUAUCCAGUGACAUUCUAGUGAAGGACAAUUUCCAUGAUAAUUUAGCAGUGGUUCAGAUCGUGUGACUGCGCAAAACUGUGAGAGAAAAAUGUUGCUCAAGGCACUAUUUCUCGUAUAUCUGGCAAUACUGGGUCCGCCACCACCGGCAGUGAACGCCAUCAAGGAUGCACUGUACGCAUAUGCCCCGGAAUACGCACAUCCAUCGUACUCCUUCAGCUAUGGCGUGAAAGAUCUGCACAGUGGCGACGUUAAAUCGCAGUGGGAGACCCGUGACGACGGCAUCGUCAAGGGCCACUACAGUGUGGUCGAACCGGACGGAUCGAUCCGCGAGGUGGACUACACGGCCGACUCGAAGACUGGCUUCAACGCGGUAGUCAAAACGCACGGCCCCAACGCCCACCCGGUGGAGGACGAGCACCAGCACUUCCGGUACGACGAACACCACUCGCAGUCCAAGAUCAACCACUACAGCAAAAACCAGGACCACAUCAUCCUGAGUUCGGACGUGCCCCACCACGAGCAGGACAUUGCCGAACUAAGCGAGAAGAAGCGCCCGACGCCUUCCCUGCUGGAGCUGAAGCCCCACGUGAACUUUGACAAUGACCACAAGGGCUACAGAGCGCCUUCGUACUACAACAACCACAACAAAGAGGAGUUCUUCUCGCACGAGUUCGACUUUUCCAAGGACAGCUUCAAGCCAACGAUACGGAUCGAAGAAGUGAAGGCACCCGACCUUUCCAAGCUGAAACCAAUCUCACCGUCGGUGGACUUUUCCAAACUGGGCGAAAAAGAACUGGGUCCGUACUACAAGAAGGACGUGGUCUACCAACCCUUUGCCCAGUACAACAACCAAGUCUCGCACCCCGUCUCAACUCUACAGAAGGCCAAAGGCGUCCGACCCGCAGCGGUCAGUCCGAAAAAGAACCUGCUGAAGCCGUACAACCCGACGGGGACGAAGCACUUUACCACUCCAAAGGUCUACCCAGUGUUCAAAGCCCGUGGAGGACCCCCGCGGCCGGACUACUCCAGCUACUUCGGACCGCCGACGGUUCAAAGCCAGAAACGUCAAGGGCGAACCGGACCCGUCCUGUUCCCCGGCACCGCAACGGCCGCUCAGGAGCAACAGCAGCAGCAGGCAGCUUCGGCAAAAAUGGUCCAGUCUAUGAUCAGCCAACAGCAGCAGCAGCGAAGAGUUCCGGUGUACGCCAGGAAUUACGCUUAAUUUUCCGAAACCCCUGUUCUCUCCCCUAAGUAGUGCAAUAACAUCCCCCAAAAAACAGUCUGUGAACCCUCAUUGUCAAGUGGCGAGCCCCACAUGACAAUGGUUGUUUAUGUUGAGCGAUUAUUUAUGAAUCAUUUACUAUUUUUCUAAUGUGAUUGUAUGAAAACGAUUUAAUUUAGUCUUUAGGAGUUAGCGUGUAGCCGAGUCGCACUUGAUUCAUUAAACUGUGACUAACGA